CUAUAACCAUUCCUAGGUUUUCUUUUUUUAGCCUGCAAGUGCUUUUGCUAAAUUAAUAAACGCCGAUUUAGUGUGUGUGUCAGAUAGAAACGGGCUUUGCACAAAGAAUGAACAUUUAACGAAUUUGAAAAAGUUAAGUGAAUAGAAACAUUUCAGGGAUGAGAUAUACAGAACAUAGUGAAGGCAUGAUUCAGAAGAGGCACAUGUGAACUCAGUAAGAGUUUAGUAAACAGAUUUCUGAAUGGAAAGUCAGGAGAAAGUGGAUGUUCCUGUCUUCUCUGCUGUGGAUCAGGAGCUUUUCACAAAGGAGAUCUAUCCAUUGAGAAAGCCAGCAGUUCUUAAAGGAGUGCCUUUAGGACCAUGCCUGAAGAAAUGGACCGUGGAUUACCUGGCAGUGAAGGGAGGUGAAAGGGAGGUCAAAAUCCAUGUGUCUUCUGUGCCCCGGAUGGACUUCUUGCAUAAGAAUUUUGUAUACAGGACUUUGCCCUUUGGUGAGUUUGUCCAUAGAGCUGCAGCUGCAGAGCACCAGGAGUUUUUCAUCAGCAAGGAUGAGAGUUACUACUUGAGAUCACUUGGAGAAGAUGCUCGUAAGGAGCCUGCUGACCUGAAGAAGCAGUUCCCUGAGCUGGCUAAUGAUUUCCACAUACCUCUGUUCUUUGAGCCUAAACAGUUUUUCUCCAGCGUGUUCCGCAUAAGUUCGCCUGGGCUGCAGCUAUGGACCCAUUACGAUGUAAUGGACAACCUGCUGGCUCAGGUGACUGGGAGAAAGCGUGUCGUUCUUUAUAGCCCCCAAGAUGCCCUUCACCUAUACCUGUCAGGUGAUAAGUCUGAGGUGUUGGAUAUCGACUCUCCAGAUUUGGAGCAAUACCCAGAUUUUGUAAAAGCACGUCGCUAUGAAUGUGUUCUAGAACCGGGGGACCUUCUCUUCAUCCCAGCCCUGUGGUUCCACAACACAUUGGCUCUGCAAUUUGGCGUGGGUGUCAAUGUCUUCUGGCGCCACCUACCACUGGAGAGCUAUGAUAAGAAGGACCCGUACGGGAACAAGGACCCCAUGGCAGCUUCGAGGGGCCUGCAAGCUGUGGAUCGGGCACUGGCUAUGUUGGACGAGCUGCCGGACGACUAUCGGGACUUCUACGCCCGCCGCAUGGUGCUACGAAUCCAGAGCCGGGCAUACGCUUCACAACUUGCAGAACCUGUACAAGGCAAAUGACUGAUUUGGACGGAAGUGACAAAAACAACCUAAUCUUUCUUUACCACAUCUGUACUGUACUAUGGAUCACCAAGCACAUCACUGUGCUUCAAGAACAAAACUAAAACAGUUGACUUGAAACUCAAAAAGAAGCCAAAGAACAGUUGCUGAAUUCCAUGAAAAGUGUGUAUACAACAAAAAGUCAUAUCUACAGCCAUUACAUUUUAACAGUACAGAUCUCAGGAUGAGACAGACUGAAAGACCAAAGCUGUUCUUAUGAGGUUUUAUCCAACUUUUAACUGUCCUAUAAUUUUUUUCUGUUAUCCAUGGUGGUCAGGUGGUACCUGUGAAAACUACUCCCACCCUGGUAACUAAUAACGUCCUUCUGUACAACUGGCAAUACCUCUGAAAGAAUGAACUGAACAGAUUUACAGCUGAAUUUGUGACAUUAUCUCAGACAUUUCAAAAGGAAAAUAUGGGCACUAGCAGAUCAGAGCAGUAGAAAAUUUCAUAAAGUUAGAUUUCAUUUCUGUUAUUAUUCUGUAGGCCAGAUUACAGUAUAACAUGAACUUUACAGCUGUCUCUGGUAUGGGCACUGUGUUUACUUAUUAUGGAAAAUAUGAAUUAUGUGCAUAUGGUUUUGACUCUGAUUUUUAAGUUCACAGAUAAAAGAACCGCAUGUAAAAAAAUUUGAUGAUUUCUCUGUAGUUUUUGUGUGGUAGUGCAAUAAACAAAAAAAAUCUUGGUCUA